AUGAACACAAAUGUUGUUCACAAGUUUGCCAGAAAACUUAUAGAUUUAAUGAUAUUUGGAAAAACCUGCACCAGGAGUAGUUCCUUAACAAUUUCAGCAGACGUCGAAACUGGUCAAUCGUGGUAUGUGUUCAACGACUUUGCGGAUCAAUUACUCAAGACUAUUGAACUUCUCAAGGUUCAACUUGACACCUUUGGACAUCAUCAUUCUCAACUUUGGGAUUAUUAUAAUAUAAUUUAUGUGGAUUCAGCAAGUUCAUUUCGGAGAAUUAAUCCUGGUGUAAAAACCAAACAUCAAGACUUUAGUGAGUUUUAUUUGGUAGUUUAUCAGCCUUUGACAUUGGAAAAUCAAUUCGAAGAAAUCGAAGCUAUUUUUGAAUAUUGCUGGAACUACUAUAUAGUUAAUGUGAGCGUAUUAUUAGAAGAUUCGAUAGGAAAAGUUCGAAUGUUUACAUAUUUUCCUUUUAACAAUAAAAAAUGCUUUUCAACUUCGGUCGUCGAAAUAACAGGCUUAAAGUUUAAAGACAUUUUUCCAUCCAAAAGUUUUAAUUUACAUCAAUGUGAACUUAUUGCAGCCCUUUGGUUUGGCCCGCCUUAUAUCAGCUGGAAAGGAGCUCCGACCGAAAUUAAUACAUUACUUGGUUUGGAAGGUCAAUUGCUUAUAGAAGUUGCAAGAAAUAUGAAUUUUACGCUUAAAGUUGUAAUACCUCAAAAUGACGAACGACGUGGAUUGAUUUUUAAAAACGGAACUGUCACAGGAGCUAUUAAAAUGCUGCAACAAAAAGAAGUUCAUUUAAGUCUUGGCUGCUUCAGAUAUACCCUAGAAAGAGCAACUGUACUGACUGCCUCUUACAGUUUCUAUCAGACACCUCAAGUCUUCUUUGUGAGAGCUCGAAGAGUGCCUUUUUCAGCAUUUGAGAUUAUGACUUACCCAUUUGAUAAUUACGUUUGGACUUUAAUGCUCAGCAUAAUAAUAACUGCUAUUUUACUAAGUGUUUAUCUAGGCAAAUAUCAACCCAAGAAACUAUGGUUUAUUUUUGGAUAUGGUGAAACGGCCAACAUCUUUAAUGUCAUCUCGGCCUGGAUGGGCCAUCCAGUCGUUCCGCUUCCGAAAAAAACUUUCGCCCGAUUCAUAUUGGCUCUUUGGAUAUUAACAGCUUUGGUAUUGAGAAAUGCCUAUCAAGGAUUGCUUUAUAAAAUAUUAAAUUCCAGUCUUUCCAAACUUCUACCGGACUUAGCAACGCAAUUAGCUGAACAGGAAUAUGUUGUAGUUGUCAGUACUUCUAGCAAUGACACACUCUCACAACUUCCAAUUGUUCGAAAUGGAAAUUUACGUCUACUGGUAAUGCAAAUUAACGAAUUGGAUACAUAUCCUAUUUUAGAAAAUUCUACAUCUAAAUUAGCAUCUUCUUUGCCAAGAGAUUUUGUAAGCUAUUAUGUUCGUCAAACAAAGAAAAAUGGAGUAUUUCGUAUUUUGAAAGAAUCAAUCUUUGCUCAUCAGAUUUGUGUGUAUUUUACAAAACAUUCGUUUCUAACAGUUCGAUUCGAUGAAGUGUUGAAAAGUUUUCGAAGUUUUGGUUUGAUUGACUAUUGGGCGUCAAAAAAUCUUGCAAAUGAAAUGAUUGCGAAUGAAAAGGAAAAAUCUAGAAAGGAAAAGUCAUUGACCAUGGAACAACUUGAUGGUGCAUUUGCUUUACUGUCGAUGUGUUUGCUUAUUGCAAUGGUGGUUUUUAUUGUUGAAAUUAUGUCCAAGAUCGUUAAGGCCAAAUCAGAACUUCAACAAUAA